UGUUUGAUUGUUGAAAUCUUUGUGAACGGCUAUGGAAGGAAGGGAGUUUUUCCUCGUCAGUGGAUUUAUUGAUCUACGUUCACUGUAAAUUUUGUCCUCUUUGAUCGCUCGGUUUUGCACAGCAACCAUUACGGAAGCUAACAGUUCAUGUUUUGACAGCUCAGCCUGUGUCUGCUAGCUAGCUGCCCACCUAACACUAACUAUUUAUCGUUAGCUAACACUGACAGCACUAGCUGUGGGAGACUGCUCAGUUUAUUGAACAAGGACUUGGGAAAAGACAGUUUCUUCGUGGCAGCUGGCUUAAAGUCAUGCAUGCAGCCAGCCUUCUAGCCUGCGCUUUGUUCAUCCCCAGCGCUUGAGAUAAUGUUCUACCUGUAGGUGGAGGGUUAACCUCCUACUCCGUUUCUCCCCACUGCCCCCAUCAGUCCCAGAGUUCCCUAUGUUAACCCUGUUGAGCAUGUUUUACUAUAUCUGUCUGCGGCGGCGCUCCAGGAGUGGAACUCGAGGCGAGGCUCUGACCAGUCGACGGGCUGUGGAAUCUGGCCAGAGAGCGGUACUGCCAGUCAGUGUAGAGGUGGAGCAGUACGCCAAAGAGGUUUUGGACUUCAGCUCCCACUAUGGCAGUGAGAAUAGCAUGUCUUACACCAUGUGGAACCUGGCAGGGGUGCCUAACGUCUACCCCAGCUCAGGGGACUUCACCCAGACAGCUGUAUUCAGAACUUAUGGGACGUGGUGGGAACAGUGUGCCAGUGCUCCGCUGCCUUUUCGUCGCACUCCUAAAGGCUUCUACAGUAAGGAUUACAUUGAGCUAGGCUUUGAGGAGCCCGUCUACCCGACAGCAGUGGAGGUGUUUGAGACCUAUUACCCUGGAGCCAUCGUCCAGAUCCUGGCCUGCUCUCAUAAUCCUUUCACCCAGAACCCGCCUACUGAUGUCAGGUGGGAGGUGUUGUGGUCUGGUGAGCCCACCAAGGUGCUGACUCCACAGGCUCGCCAGUUUUCCCCUAAAAUAAAGCAUAUCGGCUUCCCAACCAACCUGUUGCGUCUAGAGGUGAACAGCUCUUUGCUGGACUAUUACACCGAACUGGAUGCAGUUAUCCUGCGUGGGGUAAAAGAGAGGCCCAUGCUGGCUCUCUAUAAAAUGCCCAUCAUCGACAUCAGUGACCUGAGCGACAGCGAAGAGGAGCUGUCUGAUGUGGGAGGUCCUUUCAGGCAAGGAGAUGGCAAGCACCAGAGGACAGGAAAUGGCUACUUUGACAAACUGCCAUAUGAGCUCAUCCAGCUGAUACUGAGCCACCUGACCCUGCCAGACCUCUGCCGUCUGGCCCAGAGCUGUAAGCUGCUGCACCAGCACUGCUGUGACCCGCUACAGUACACCCAGCUGAGUCUGCAGCCUUACUGGGCCCGGCUGAGUGACGCCUCCCUGGGACACCUGCAGAGCCGCUGCACCCUCCUCCAGAGGCUCAACCUGUCCUGGACCGGCAACCGUGGAGCCCUUACCCUGACGGGCUUCAGCAGUUUCAUGAAGGCCUGUGGUCUCAGCCUGGUCUGCCUGGAAAUGUCAUGCUGCCACUUCCUGAACGAAGCCUGUCUCGAGGUCAUCUCCCAGACUUGUCCUGGACUCCAGGAGCUCAACCUGUCCUCCUGUGAUCGUCUCCCCCCACAGGCCUUCACGCACAUCUCAAAACUUACACGCCUCCGCAGGCUGGUGCUUUACCGAACAAAGAUAGAGCAAACAGCCAUCUUAAGCAUUCUGACUUUCUGCAUAGAGCUAAGACACCUCAACCUGGGGAGCUGUGUGAGGAUCGAAGACUAUGAUGUUGUAGCCAGUAUGCUGGCCACUCGCUGUCGCUCGCUGUGCUCUCUGGACCUGUGGCGUUGCAGAAACCUGACCGAUCGAGGCCUGACUGAGCUCGUCUCAGGGUGCAGGAUGUUGGAGGAACUGGACCUGGGCUGGUGUCCCACGCUGCAGAGCAGUACGGGAUGUUUCCAACACCUCGCCCGCAGCCUUCCACGCCUGCGCAAGCUCUUCCUCACUGCCAACCGCACCGUCUGCGACUCAGACAUAGAGGAGCUGGCAGCCAGCUGCCCCUGUCUCAGGCAUCUCGACAUUCUGGGUACACGGUCAGUGAGCGCCGCCUCACUGAAGAAACUCCUCCAGUCGUGUCCUCAGCUUGUCCUCCUGGACGUCUCCUUCUGCUCACAGAUAGACAUGCGCGUCGUCCAGGAGCUCUCUGGCCUCUUCCCCAAUGUGGCCAUCAAGAAAAGCUUCACUCAGUGACCCCAGCAUUGGCUCAUUUCCCACUACUGAGAUGUAGCAAGUGGAGGGAGGUACUGGUCAGCACAUACUGCCCCAGAGUGAUUCAGAGGCAGGUCAGAUGCAGGAGGAGAUUGCAGACCUGCCUCUGCUUGUAUCACGGACGAGAUCUUCUUUUAGCGGUCAGUAUAAAAAGCGGUGGGACUGGGUGAGGAGGAUUUUACUGGCUUUACUGAUUUAGUGAACCUAAAUGACUACAGAUUUGUAGGAGCAGGAUUAUACAACAUAAGACACUUGUAUUUUUGGGUGGGGUUUUGUUUGUUUGUUUUUUAAAUCAGAGUUGUUGCAGUGAAGCUGCCACAUGUUCCCACAAUAUGAAUCAGCACUUACAGUAUGUAUUGCCAGAUAACACACGGCAAGGAAAUAUGCCUUACCACUAGAAAUCACACAUGAAAAAAGCAACAUUUGAGAGAGAACUUAUUUUAAGCAUCUUUUUAGGAAAACAAAUGGAACACAAAGCAUUCAUACCUAUUACUGGACUUCACAUAAUAAUAUUAGCUACAGAUCAGGGCCUUGGUCAGUGCCUUGUUUGAUUGUGGAAUAUGAACGGGCUGGUUUGUACAUGAAGGUCUUUCCGGUGGUGUUUAUCACCAUUCACUCACUUUCAUUGAAUCAUAGUGGAUGGUGUUGUGUUCAAAGGGGCUUUAAAGGUGAAAACAGCUGCACUAGAUGCAAUGCACUGUGGUUAGUGUUAUUCUUUUAGUUUUUUACUUUAAUGAGACUAUCACAAGUUAAUAUUUGUUGCUACAAACUGCAGGAUCAUAUACAAGGAUCUCAUCAUUAAAUGUCCAUGCACUAGAGAUUUAGCUAUGGCGUGUUUCCAUCAAUGGGGGGGAAAAAAAUUGUUUUCAUUUCCACAUGCUCUAAAAUUGCAGGAGUACAGAAAACACCUAAAGGCAUCAAAUUCAAAAGAUAUGCACACUGACUCAUUUGAAAUAAAAGCACAGAGAAGUAAUGAAGAUGCUAUUUAAGAUGACAUGAAACAAAUCUAUAAAUCUUUUCCUCUCCAACUCUCAGUUAGGCGCUUUUGGUCCAGAAGUUAAUGUUUUCACUAGGAUAAUAUGAAAGAAUUUCCAACUGUAUUACCUGGGCAGCUGUUAAUGUGUCACCACAUAUCAGACACUUCAGAUGAAUGUAAUAAUAUUCUAUAUUAAGUCCAGGUGUUAACAAGUAAGAAAUACAGGGGUAGUUAUUAACUAAAUUUAUGCUAUAUGCAUGUGUGGAACUAGAGGCCUUUGUUGGAAUACUGUAGAGAGAGUCAUCUGCAGCUGAAGCAGUUUAAUGUGUUUGGCUGUAUACAGUACAUCAGACAAUUCAGUGGACUAAAUGAAAUAGAAAGUGUUAAUAAUCGGGGUGCUUGAUAAUUGGUUUUGUUCAGACCUCAUAGGUUGUGUAAACAUUUCAGCGUAGGCAAAUUGGGGCCUUUAGGCUAAAUUUUUGUUUCCCCAAGUUUAAAAGUCACUGGCUCCUCCGCCAAGGUGAGAGCUCAGGUGGAGGAGUGUUUUCAGUGCUGUUUUUCUGUCAGCAAGUUUACACAAGCUGAGUUUCAUGAAACUUGGAGAGCUGGGCCCAGGCAUUAAAAUUAGCUGCAAAUGCAGAACACCUUCUUUGAAAGUGCAAGAUGGGCCCUCUGCAGUGUCAUAAUGUUAGUGCUGUUUCUGUUGUCGUUCCUGUUGAGUUCUGUCACUGCUGUCUGACUACAGCCGACUACAUAACCCACUCCGAUCAAAUUCCACCGCUGAGGAGGAGUGCUGUAAAUUUAGCCGAGGACAUAAUGUUAACGUGUAACACGUUUAAGUACUAUAUGUGACCUCAGUAUUUGUCCUCAAACUCAGGGGCUAUAUAUAAUCUCAUUUUCAUUAAAUGUCACUUUUUUAAAAACAUGUUUUACUCCAGAAACCAGCACAAAGGACAUCUUUACAGAAAGUAACACCAGACUUGAGUUAGCUUUAAGGUUACUGGGCUUUGGUGUUGCUCACAACAAACACACACGUGACACAAAUCGUCAGUUUGCGCUGGCGUAACAGAGACGUUAAUCAGAGCUUAUUGAGUGUUGAAUGUUGCGGUAAUUGUAUGAAAAAUGUACUGCUGCUGAUUAUUUAUUUUUUGUAAUAUAUGAAGCCAAGGCUGCAGUGUGGGAGAAGUGCUUGAAGAGCAUUUUUAUGUUUGAAACAAACUUGAAUUUUUAGUUGAAGCACAUGCUACUAGUCAAUAUUUGUGCCUUAUGCUUCUGUUUGAAUGUUGUGUCCAAGUGGUUUAGAUUGUGGUGAAGUGCUUCGCUUUUUUUUUUUUUUUUUUUUUUAUUAAUGCCCUUCAACCAAAGUAAUAACACAUUAACCUGGUCGUCAUCAGUCUCACACCUAUAUUUGACCAGUUUCUAUGCCAUAUACUUUGUAUCAGCCAUGUUAAUUAUUGCAAAAUAUAGAGCUAUAUAUGCAAAAAAUGGUUUAUUUAUAUUUCCCUGUGCAAUGAAAAUGUUAUUUAUACUCACUAUUGGUGGAUGUGUAAAUGGUAAUAUACAAUUUGGGAAACUGUUUCUUGGGUUUUUUGGUAUUUUGCCUAGCUUAUCACUAAGAUUGAAAGUAUGCCUUUACCCUAGCCUAACAUGAAGUGGAAAUGUUUUUUUAGCCUGGUUCAGCAUAAAGACUGAAAACAUGCCUUUAGCCUGACUUAGCAGUAAGACUGAAUGCACGUCUUUACCUUAGUUUGUGCAAUGCUAGUCCACUAAACCUCAAAUCACGUGGGCCUACAGACCAAUCAGCAGCCUGCCCCCGGUAACCCAAAAUACUCCAGAAACAUAAAAAAGACUGAAAUUCAGAUUUGCUCAGUGAUCGAUGUUAGAGAAUGCACAUUUUUUCCCAUCUGCCAGUUGUUUAAGCUUUAAGAAAUAAUAUGGCAGUGACAUUCCCAUUCUGCAGCUACAGUCAUUACCUUUCUAAACACCUUAAAAAUGACUUCCUACACUGUUCCUGCUUCCAGUCUCUGUGCUGAGCUAGGCUAAACCCAGAGCAGUCCUGGCUGCGCAGAAGUCAAACACAUAUCGAUCUUCCAGUCUUGUUAUUGGUGUGGGUAUGGUUAAAUUGCUGCAUAAGAGUGGGAAAUUAAUACUUGGUUUAUUUCCAGUUUUGUUUUAAACAGGUGUGGUAACAGUAUGGCACACCAGCCCUUUCACUAAUGCAUUUUUUUGCCCGGCCCACCCAAAUUUUUAAUACAUUUUGAUGUUUUUUUUUUUUUAUUUUAUUAUUAUUUAUCCAGGUAAACCUCUCAUUUCGAAGACCUGCUAUCAUGUAAUUAUGUAAUUAUGUCAGUAAUAACUACUGCACCACAAUAAAAACACUGUCAGCGUUAUACUUUGUACAGCAACUAUCUGCAACAGCAUUAAUUUGCAAAGGCAAAACUAUUUAAAAAAUGAGCACCACUCUCAGAUCAUCACUGUUUGACCAGUGAUGCAGUUUGGUGUAUUUUUCUGAGGUGGCCCUAUGCUUUUUUUUUUUUUUUUCUUCCUCUAAUGAAUAUGCAGUCUCUCUUCUCCCACUCUGGAUAUGUGAUCAACCUUUGUGCCAUGAACUGGGAGGACCUGCAGCGGCGCUCCCUCCGCUGCAGCGUGAAAGCCACUGUUGUGUAAAGAGAUUGUGUGCCUCUGUCGCGAUGAAAUCCGGUGCUUCACUUUCACCAGGUUUUAAAUAAACCUAAGGCUGAUGA